CGCAAACAACUAAAAGCCCUACCUCUCAGCUUCCAACCAUGUAACCCUAGUCAGACUUUAACCAUAGUUGGUUGGUUAGUUCGCACAUUACAGUUACAGCUUAGAAAGAAACAAGUGAGUUCGGUGUAUGGGAACUUCUAUCACCUUCACUUUGGUGUGAGGGAGAAAACUCAAAGACUCAAAAGACCUUCUUUUCUGCGAAACAUGGUCAUAAACGUGUUUUUCCUCGUUGACACAGACACCCUUUUAUAACUUGAACGCUGGGUUUACUUUACUCAUAAUGUUCCUUGUUCAGUUAUUCCUCCUUUCCUCCAUUUAAGUUUCAAUGAUUUUUCGGAACCCCAGGUUGGGAUUUGAGGUUUGUGGAUUUGGGUUUUGCGAAAGUUGAGAUUUUUUUGGGUUUUGGGGAUGAAGAUUGAUGUGGGAUUGGGGGGUGUGUGGAAUGAGGAGGAGAAAGCGACGAUGGUGGAGGUUUUGGGUCGUGGGGCGUUUGAUUACUUAGCGGCGAAUUCCGUUCCGAACGAGAAUCUGUUAAUGGCGUUUGGGAGUGGCGAGAAUCUGCAGAACAAGCUUGCGGAUCUGGUGGAGCGUCCAAACGCGUGGAACUUCAGUUGGAGCUACGCGAUCUUGUGGCAGAUUUCGCAGUCCAAGUAUGGGGAUUGGGUUUUGGGGUGGGGAGAUGGGUGUUGUAGGGAGCCGAGGGAGGGAGAAGAGGUGAGAGAGAGAGGGGUGGUGGAGGAUGAGAAGGUGCAGAGGAUGAGGAAGAGGGUGUUGCAGAAGCUGCACACUUCGUUUGGGGGUUCUGAUGAGGACAAUUAUGCUUUUGGGUUGGACCGUGUUACUGACAUGGAGAUGUUCUUUCUUGCUUCCAUGUACUUCUCUUUUCCCCGAGGAGUUGGGGGUCCAGGUAAGUGUUUUGCUUUUGGGAAGCAUUUGUGGCUAUUGGAUGUGUUGAAAUCUGGUUUUGAUUACUGUGUGAGGUCUUUCUUGGCCAAAUCUGCUGGAAUUCGGACUGUUGUUUUAGUGCCUACUGAUUUGGGGGUGGUGGAGGUGGGGUCUGUGAGGGUGGUGGGUGAGAGCUUUGAGUUGUUGCAUGCUGUCAAAUCUGUGUUUUCUUCACAGGCAUCAUUAGUCCCCCCUAGGGUUGUUAAGCCAAUUGCACCAUUGGAUUUGGUAAGUGAGAAGAGGGAUGAGAAUGCAAAUGCUGUUUUUUCUGGUUUGGCUAUUGGGGAUAAGAAUAAGAAUAGCAACGAUGAUAAUAGUAGAGGUGAGGGAAUUGCAGUUCCAAUGACUUUUGGGCAGGAUUUGAAUCUUGUGGUCUCAGGUUCAAAUAUUGUGGAUGGAAAAAACGUGGUUGAGGAUAGUGCUUCUACUAAAGGUGGGCAACCAGGCUUUAUGAGAGAGAUUAAUCAUCAACGAAAUCAAUGGAUACUUCAUACCAAUAAUGCAGUUAUACCAAAAGGAGUAGAGGGAAUUGGAGUUCCAAAGAUUUUUGGGCAGGAUUUGAAUUGUGUGACUCAAUUCAGGGAGAAACUUGCUGUGAGAAAAAUGGAGGAGAGUGGAGGGCAUCCUAAUGGGAGAUCAAUUAUUGUUGAGUCUGAGAUUUCUGAUGUUGCUGAGGACAGGAGGCCGAGGAAGCGGGGAAGGAAGCCAGCUAAUGGAAGGGAGGAACCCCUCAACCAUGUGGAGGCUGAGAGGCAAAGGCGCGAGAAGCUGAACCAGCGAUUCUAUGCUCUGCGAGCUGUUGUUCCGAAUAUCUCUAAGAUGGACAAGGCGUCGCUGUUGGGAGAUGCCAUUGCUUACAUCAAUGAGCUUCAAGCAAAACUCAAGACCAUGGAGUCUGAGAGAGAGAGAUUUGGAAGCACCUCUAUGGAUGGAUCUGUAACCGAGGCCUACGCAAGAGUUGAAAAUCAUCAUAAUGGAGCUCUAGAUGUGGAUAUUCAAGCUGCACAAGAUGGGGUCAUUGUACAGGUUAGCUGUCCUAUUGAUGUUCACCCCGUUUCAAUAGUCUUUCAAACGCUCAAAGAUGCAGAAAUUGGUGUUGUUGAAUCAAAACUUACAGCUGCAAAUGAUACUGUUUUCCAUACAUUUGUAGUUAAAUCCAAAGGACCUGAUCAGUUGACAAAGGAAAAGUUGAUUGCAUUGUUUUCCAAAGAAUCCAACACCAUACAGACAUUGUGAUUUGGGGCAUUGCAAUUAACAUGGUCCAUAGGCAUGAAACAUAUAGAAGAGCCAAAUAUGUACAUCUUCAGAAAUUUUGUUAUACUAUAGAGAAUCUAAAAUUAAAUCAGUGAGAACUAGAGAAGUAGAAUAAUAGCUUCUAUUGACCCUCUAGGGCGGCCAAUUUAUGAUUGUCUAUAAUAUACACAACUUAUCGUAAGAAGUAUUAUUCCUGCAAUGUCAAUUAUUUUGUUUAGUUUAAGCAAUCUACCAUUUUACCUUGGUCAUAUAGAAUUUCUCUCUUUCUUGUUCUUGCUUGUUUCUUGUAUUUUACCUAGUUUUGUGCGACAAAGUUUUAGUUAAUUGUCUGCUUUUUUUGUCAGUCUCAUUUAUAGGGAUAAAUAUAUAAUAUAUCCUCUCCCUUUCUUAGAGUAUUAUAUUUUAAUGUUAUAGAGCAAUUUCAGAUUU